AUAAUGGAAACAAAAUAAAAUACCGUCAAAACAAGUUGAUUAUUGACGAGAUUUGUUGCUGGAUGGAAAAUAAAUUAUGCUUUAAAUAAUUACACUGCUCGUAUGAAGCCGGAUGUGCUAAAAUAUCAACAGACUGCUUUCCUAAAACUGAAAUAACUUCAAGGAUUCCUACAGUGAUACAUUUAUAUCAGUGUGCCUGUUUUAGGUGUGGCCUCAAGGCAUAACGUCAUCAUCUUUGAAUCAGCCACCUUUUACGGCACAUAUAUCUAUUUUUAGAUGAAUCCUAAAAUUGAAUGACGGGUAUCGAGACAUAGCAUACAACGUUGCAAAAUGAAUCGCUCCGACUCUAUUCGACGGGACCGCUCCUUCGACAGUGUUCUUAACAAGUUGAUGCGUAUGCGCUCCCAGAAUCAUGAAACCUUUAAGGCGGCUAUGUACAACUUUUUAAUUGCCGCUGGCAUUGCAGCAUUUGUCGCCGUUUGCUUCAUUUUGGGUCCCUUUGUGCGCCCAUUACUCUGGGCUUUUCUCAUGGGAGCAGUGCUGUUUCCUUUCAAAAGACAUUUAGCGCAAUUACUAAAUGGUUGGUUUGAACGCUUGGAAGAACGAGAUUCUAAUGUUAUGGUAUCGAUUUGCUUGGCUCCACUCGAAGCAACCGAAUACUGUGGCAGUUUGGUAGUGAGUUGGGUACGUGAACACUGGCAAUUGUUGACGGCUGGUGUUGGUGUCGCUACAUGUAUCAAAUUACUAGUGCUUUAUGCGCCCAAAGGCUUUCUUUGUGCAGUAUGGCGUUUUAUUGUAUUUUCGCAUAGCACUUUGAUACAAUUGAUUGGCUUUCUGAAUAUUUACAUGUUAAUUGCAAUAAUUGCGAUCUACUUGUCGUCCGUAUAUAUUUUGUGGAAGCCGGAGAAUAGCACUAAGUUUGUAAUGGCUGGUCAAUCUCUAUGGAUUGCUGUAGUUAGUUAUGGUUGCAGCUUUUUAGGCGCACUUCAAGUACCCGUGUUCAUUUUAAUAAUGCUGUAUGUGGGUAUAUCAAUUAUUUAUCAUAUGCGCACAGCUGAAGAUUCGAGCAGUUGCAUUGAUAAAUUGAAAAAAUUAUUAGACAAAACAGAUUUUGAAAAAUCCGUUAACAAUGUCAGUAUAAAAAAGCAAAGUCUGCAUUCCGAUGCUGAAGAUAUAUCGUUGAGCGACACUAUAGAUUCCUUGGAAAACACUGAUUUGUUUGACGAGAAUGAGGGGCAACACUUAAGUGAUAUUUACUUCAGAUGCUUAUUUUAUGCAUGCAUAGCAACAUUUUUAUAUCGCAAUGUGUGGAUGUUCAUACUGGCUGCAAUACCAAUUUCACUGCAUUUGCUUUAUACGUUGGGCAACGUGACGGGUUUCACGGCGUUUAUUUAUGGCAAAAUAAAUGAAGCCUACGACCAGUUAAAGAGCUGGGCUAUUGAACAUCACUCUGCCGUUUUGCCGCUAUGCCUACCCGGUGUGCUGGAAUUAAAUUACAAAAUAAACGCCAUAAUACGUAAUUCAUUAAAAUCGUCCGUCGAUUUAGUCACUUCCAUUCUAAUGAUCAUUCUUAUGCUUUUAAUAAUUGUGUUCCUUGGCGUAUUUUUCUGUGUCAAUAUCUACUCAGAAACAAUUGAAGUUGCUUACCUGGGCAAAGAUCUUAUUAAUAAAACAAUCACGGAUCGUCCUGAGUUGAUCGAUAUAUUACCCCAGAAUAUACAAUCUUCUAUUGAUGAUGCUUUGGAUAAUGCUCAUCAUUAUGGGCGACGAAAAAUUGAAACCUACAUAGAUGAUUGGCUCGCGGAAGCGGACUCAGUGCAUGCAACUAAAUUGAAAGAACAAAUUUUAGAUGUUUGGGAUCGUUUGAUACAAUAUUGGAUAGAUGUCAACAAAUCUGACUCCACCUAUGGGCCACGAGUGCCGACUGAUGCAUUGAAAACGACUUUCGGAGAAAUAGUUGAUAACCCAGGACAUUUUAAAGAGCUAGUUUUAGUGGCCAAACAGGGCAUCAUCGGCUGGGCGAAGAGCAAUACGCAAACAAUAUUGGAAGUAGCUGAAUCUCUGUGGCAUAUCAUACGUACGAAUCUCUCUAUGAUCAUGAGUUUUACGGGUGAAAUACUAUCGCUUUUGCUGUCGGGUGGCCAAGCUUGUGUUGAGUUUAUACUUGAUAUGAUUGUCUUCUUUACUGCUUUAUUUUAUUUGCUCUCGAGCAGCAAUACGAAAUAUGCGCCGCUGCAUGUCACCAAAUACUUGGGUUUCUCUAGUUCCGGCUCUAAAAUCGCCGAUGCUUUAGAGAACUCCAUUUCGGGCGUUUUGAUUUCCAUGUUUAAGUGUUCCAUCUUUACCGGCCUCUUCACCUGGCUAGUGCACACAGUUUUUGGAGCACGUAUUGUCUUCCUGCCAUCAGCGUUGGCUGCCAUUUUGUCGGCUGCACCUUUCCUAGGCAGCUAUUGGUGUGCGUUGCCCGCUUUGUUGGAGUUGUGGCUGGCGCAGGAUCGUUUCUAUGCAGGACUUGUGCUAUUUCUACUGCAAUUCUUCGUGCCACCAUAUUUUGAAGCGGCUAUUUACGCAGAGAUGAAAGGCGGCGGACAUCCAUAUUUGACUGGUUUGGCAAUUGCGGGUGGCAUGUAUUGGAUAGGUUGGCAGGGAGCUAUUUUUGGUCCAUUAAUGCUUUGCUUCUUCAUUGGCCUCUUUGAAGUGGCAGCAGUAGCCAUGCGUGCCAACGAAGAGCCAAGACGCAGUUCCGAAGAAGACACACAUGCGACCAGCAGCAGAAGCAGUAGUGAUGAGGCCUCCAGCAGCGUACCCUUGACCAAUGAAACCGUAAAAGAAACAGCUGUCAAAAUGGCAGAGGCGAGCAACAAAGUGCUACAGACAAUAGAGAUCGAAAAUGCUAAUGGAGCUGGAGCGGAACUGAUCAAUUUAUCAAAAAGUAACGAACUCACCACAACAAUAAAACCACAACCUAUGGAACUUAAAAUAAUAACGACGACUUUUGUGCCUGCUGCAGAAGCGAAUAAAUAAUGUGUUUAUUAAUGGCUUUUAAACUACUUUAGGUGUAUACACUAUUAGAUGAAAUCUGUGUGAAACAUUUUACAUUAACCGAUAGAUAUUGCAAUAUAUAUUAUUUAAGUAAA